AUGGACCUGACGAACUCAAGGAGCAUGGAGCUGCUGCGCACACUGGGGCUUGUGAAUGCGUGCCGAGCGAUUCCUGGAUCUAUUGCUGAAGAUGUAAGCUUUGAAUGUGUGUUCGUGACCUCGUUGCAUCCUGAAAAUGGGAGAGAACUUGGACGAUGGAGUGUCCCUUGCGUUGCGGAGCAGACAAGCGAAAGCAAGGGCACGAAUGAUGGCUCUUUCCCUGCUGAGCCCGGACAGCGAUGCUCCCAGAUAUUGGUUGAGAAAUGGAUGAGGGGGUUAGUGCUGGAUUGUAAGAAUGUUGAGUUUCGUGGAAAUUGGAGGUAUGUUGGGCAUGCCGAGGAGGAAGAUAGAGUCAGAGUGAGGGCCGUGGAUCUCCAUGGCAAUGAGCAUACAUUCGUUGGACGGUUUCUUGUGGGCUGUGACGGUAGAAAGAGCGCUGUGAGAAAGGCCGCCGGGAUUGAGAUGAUAGGUGCGAAAGUCCCUGCUCACUUCCACCUUGUGCACUUCCGCUCGAGAGCCCUUUCGUCAAUUCUUGAUAGGAGCAAGUCCCGUUUCUGGCACGCUUUUCCGGCCGGCUCAGGGUUCCUAAUUGACCAAGACGGCAAGGAUACAUUCACAGCUCACUGCCCGCUCACAGAAUAUGAAGCCAGAGUCUCGAGCGCGGAUGACCGGGUCUUUCCAUCAAACCUCGAUCCCAAGACCACCAUCUGGCGUGUUCUAGGCGGCUACGGAGUUACCGGAGAGUGCUGGGAACUACCGAUCGACGAGAUUCUAGUCGACAGCAUAUGGCAGCCCAGCCUAAGAAUCGCAGCUGCGUACUCCACCCCCUCUUUCCUCGUCUUCUUAGCAGGAGACUCUGCCCACCUUUCUCCUCCCCACGGUGGUUACGGGUUGAACAGCGGAAUCGUCGACGCCGUCAGUCUUGCAUGGCGACUUGCUGCCGUAAUAAAGGGGUACGGCGGGAGCUAUUUACUUAGUUCAUAUAGUCUUGAAAGGAGGCCCAUGAUGAUGCGUGCCUUGUGCCGCUCAUAUCGGCAUCUCUUGGAACAUGUCAAGCUGGGGAGUUUGUAUGAGGAAUUCGGUGAUGUUAUUGAGGCGGAGGGCGACGAAGGUGAGAAUGUCAGGAUGUACCUGGGACGGUGGAUUGCAGAGUCUGGCCCAGAUAUCUUGGACAGAGGCGUUGAGUUGGAUCUGAGGUAUGAGGGCAGUCCAUGCAUCUGGACUGAGCCUCAGUCAGAGGGAGAGGAGGACGACGCCUGGGACGUGCAUCGGUAUAGACCAAGCACAAGGCCGGGCCGUCGAGCACCGCAUGUUUUUCUCAAGGACGGGAAGACGAGUACUUAUGAUUUCUUGGGGACCGAGUGGACGCUGAUGCAAUUUAUCACUCAUGAGUCAGAAUCGGAAACCAGCAAGGCAGAGACAUUACUACGCACGGCGAAACAACGAGGUUUCCCUCUCCAGCAUGUUCUUCUGUGCGGAGAGGAACAAGUGAGGAGGAUCUGGCGAAGAGAUCUUGUCCUCGUUCGACCGGAUACUCAUGUUGCGUGGCGGGGGAAGGGAAGACUAGCGGUGGCAGAAGCUGAGAUGGUGCUGGACGUCGUCCUGGGGAAGAGCGUGAGGCCAGAGUAUACUCCCCCUACGAAUACAGAGGAGACGUUGUUUCUGAAGACGGUGGACCAACUGGUGAGCAUGGGAAAGAGCACUGGAGAGCGUGCCGGACCGAGAGACGUGAAGGCGAGGCUUUAA